GAAGAUAAUGGAUGAAAAACUUAUUGAAAGUGUGAAAAAGUUUCCGUGCAUUUGGAACACAUCUUCAGAAUUUUACAAAUGCAACGAAACAAAAGAUGCUGCGUGGGACCAAAUUAUCAUUGAAACAAACAUAUCGGAUGUUACAACUGCCAAGUCGCGAUGGAAACAACUGAGAGAUAACCAUCGGGAUGCCUUAAAAAGACAAAAUGCAACAAGGAGUGGACAGGCUAGAAAACAACGAAAAGAAUGGAAAUAUCAAAAAGCCAUGUCAUUUUUAUUGCCUUACAUGAGUAACAGAGACCGGUCAACAAAUUUUACGCCCCUGGACCACUCAGUAAGCGAAACUUCAAAUCCGCCAAAUACCAUUGAAGAGAGUUCACGGGAAUCAUGCAAUUUUUUGCCAUCAAAUUCAAAUAAUCUUCCUUCUGCCGAUGAUCCUAAGAAUCCAACAGCUUCGGAAUCUCUUCCAUCAACAUCCAAAAAAAGAAAGAACGAUGAAAUUCUAGAUUAUUUAAAAAAAAAUCAAGAACGCCGCGAAGUGUUGGAACGAGAACGGAUAGAACUUAAAAACAUGAUGUCAGCCAGUGAUAAAUACGAUGAAAUAGACUUAUUUUUUUUAAAUUUGGCUGCAUCGACAAAAAAGCUGCCGUAUUAUUUUCAACUUAAAAUUAAAAAAACCUGCUUUAAUGCGGUAAUGUCAGCUGAAGAAAGUAAUCUUCAACAUAGUUGGUAUUCUCCGAAUAAUUAUGGUUAUUCUACAGGCUCAACACCUACAUCAGAUAACAUCAACACUAGUAUCGAUACUCCUAGUGCUUCAGAUAAUAUCAACACUAGUAUCAAUAUUCCUAGUGCUUCAGAUAAUAUCAACACUAGUAUCAAUAUUCCUAGUGCUUCAGAUAAUAUCAACACUAGUCUUAAUAUUCCUAGUGCUUCAGAUAAUACCAACACUAGUGUCAAUAUUCCUAGUGCUUCAGAUAAUAUUAACACUAGUAUCAUUAAUCCUAGCGCUUUACAAAUUCCAACAACCCAGGAUAUUGAAACAUCUGCAGCAGAGCCAACAGAACCCAAUGAAAAUGCGGUCAAUUUUGAGACAGAUUACGAUUUUUAAAUUAAUAUAACAUGGCUUCUAUAACUGUAUGCAAAAAUAAAAGUUACUUUGAUUUAAAA